AUGGCUACAACACAUCCUCCCCAGGAACCUCUUGUGGCCAUCCUAGGCACAACUGGUACUGGCAAAUCAGACCUUGCCGUAGAUCUAGCGCUUAAGUUCAAUGGAGAGAUCAUCAACGCCGAUGCUAUGCAAAUGUACAAGGGGCUUCCAGUCAUCACCAAUCAACUCUCGCUUGAAGAGCGACAAGGUGUUCCCCAUCAUUUGUUAGCAACAGUUGACCACCACGAGCCAACAUGGAGUGUUGAUAUCUUUGCAUACGAAGCAAAUAAACUCAUUCGUGAAAUCCGUAGCAGAGGAAAGCUUCCCAUCGUGGUAGGCGGAACUCAUUAUUACUUGCAUUCCCUGCUCUUCAAAGAUAAUCUAGUUGGUUCCCAGGGCAUUGAUGAUACCAACUUGCAACAUCGACCUCGUGGAGAGAACGAAACCCAAUUCCAGAUCCUAGACGGGCCUACUAGUUUAAUGUUGGACCGUCUUCGCGAGGUUGAUCCCGUCAUGGCAGACCGAUGGCACCCAGAUGAUCGACGCAAAAUCCAGCGUUCCUUGGAAAUAUUCCUCACUACUGGUAGACGCGCAUCAGAUAUAUACGCUGAGCAGAAGCAAGAAAAAGCAUUAGCUCGCUCGGACAGUGGCCCCUGGCAGUCAUUAAUGUUCUGGGUGUACACCGAGCCAGAGGUGUUGAACGACCGUCUCUAUAAGAGAGUGGACAAGAUGUAUCAAAAUGGUCUAAUGGACGAGGUAAGAAGCCUACAUGAAAGCCGACAAUUGAGGGCCGAGAAGGGAGAACCAGUGGAUCUUACCCGUGGUAUAUGGCAAUCUAUUGGAUAUAGGCAAAUGGAGCCAUUUCUUGACGGCGAACGAGCCGGGACAGGACCGGCGAAGAUGAACCAACUGAAAGAAGCCGGACUCGAAGAGACGAGGAUUGCGACGAGACAGUACGCAAAGUACCAAUUACGAUGGAUCCGGAAUAAAUCCAUACCCGCUUUCAAGGACCAUAAAGCAAUGGAUUAUUUGUUUCUUCUAGACAGCUCCAACGCCGAUGCCUUCUCCGCCGACGUGCUGGAGCCGGCAACCGACCUUUGCCAGCGGUUCUUGGACGGACAAGCUUUGGUCAAGCCAACGGAGGUAUCCGAUACAGCAAAAAAAGUGCUAACAGCCUUUGAGAAUGCUGGCGGAUCUUCGGCGCGCACAUUCAAAGUGAAAACUUGCGACAUCUGCGGCAUAUCCCUCGCAACGGAAGAUCAGUGGAAUAUACACAUCAAAGGUCGAAGACACCAUCGUGCUCUACGGGGAAUAAAGAUGACCGCGCUGGUGCCUUUGAGUCCGCAAGAGGAUCAUGAAGCAGACAUACGGAUAUGA